AUGAAGUUUGGGAAGAACAUAUCACUUCAGCAGGCCCAACGGACGGAUCUCCACUACUUACAAUACAAGCUUCUGAAGAAGAUUCUUAAGAGGUCUACUAGGAGCACACAGGCCGAUGGCAGCAGUAGAGCUGCUUAUGACCAUCACCCUAAUCAGAAGUCCUUUGAGAAGAUGCUCGAGGAUGAGAUUGAUGAGGUGAACAUAUCAUUCAGCGAACAUGCUAAUAAAUUACAAGAUGAAAUCACAGCGUUAAGUUCAGAAGGUUCACAAGGAGUAUCUUCAUCUGAACGCUUGAGACGUUUGAUGAGUUUAAGUCGCUCAGUUGACGAAUUGAGGAAAUUUGCAGUUUGGAAUGCAGUUGGUGUUGUCAAGAUUCUAAAGAAGCGGAAUAAAUUAAGGGCCACCUCGGACCCCCAAGGCGAUCGUCAAGACAGCAGCAUUGAUAUGGACGAGGAGCGCUCCCGUUGGCUUCGUCGACAAAAAUUUUUCACCGGGACCGAUUUUGCGGAACUACAAGCGUCCAUAGAGUCCCUUUCGAACGCUCUUUGUCGCGAAAGACUCCACGAGUUGGGACCCGAGAAGUUACCUUCCCAGUUGGUCUUGGCCGAGGACGAUGAUUGUCCUGUUGGAAUGUUCAGAGACGAGCGAUGUCCGAUCUGCCUCGAAAAAUGCAGUGAUGUGGUUGAGCUCUCAACUUGUGAACAUCGCUUCUGUUGGAAAUGUUUCGUCCUGGGCCCCAUCGCGUUCGCCCCUGGAGAAUACAGAUUCGACCGCUGCCCGAUUUGCCGUCGUGAACAGCCUCUUGAUCCUACGGUAAACUUCAAGACCGAUACGAAUAGCAACUCGACGACUAACAUGUUGUUGAGAAUGGCGAAAUAUGUGGAAGUAGAAGAUCCACCGAAGAAUGAACAAGUCCAGUCUAGUGAGCCCAGUUCGAGCUCUUUCUUCUCCACGUUGCCAGCGACUUCCCAUAAGAGUGCUGAAGAUAGUGUUUCCUCUGAAAAGAGUUCACAGCAGAAUGCGGCGUGGACUGGCAAUUCGGCUGAGGCCAUUUUGAGGCGGGAUCAGUCGGGGUUCAGCCCAGCCGAAUCUUGGAAGCCUACACAAGAGUAUCGCAAACGCGCAGGAUGUGUGGUUUUCAACGAGGCCGGGGAUUCUGUCCUACUUGUAAAUUCUCGUCGUCAUGGAGCGAUGACGCAUACCAUCCCUAGUGGAAAGGUAGAAGGUUUCGAUCAGUCGUUUGAAGCCGCAGCUGUCCGGGAGACUCUCGAAGAAGCUGGUGUGGUAUGUGCCGUCUUGGGUGACCUAGGUUGGGUCAAAUCGCAUGAUAAAAGCGGAAGCCCCAAGGCAACUCGUGUGUUUUACGGUCGAUGCGAUGAGGUCCUGGACAACUGGCGUGAAGAGCGAUUCCGCGACAGACUGUGGUGCUCGAUUCCUGAAGCUCUGGCUUUACUCGGUGACAAUCGGCCGCUCUACCAAAAGGCCGUCACAAUGGCACAUGAGGUUUACGUGAGCACUUUGGAUUUGCCUAAGGCCAGUUCGAGUUCUGUUGCUACGACCGCUUCGUUUUGCUCCUCGCAGAAUUGA